AUGGAAGGAGUGAGUGAGGAAAACAAGCACAAGAUAGUGGUGGCAGUGGAUGAGAGCGAGGAGAGCAUGCAUGCUCUUUCAUGGUGUCUCAGCAACCUUAUUUCUCACGAAUCCACCACCACGCUAGUCCUCCUCUAUGUUAAGCCCCCACCUGCUCUGUACUCUUCCUUUGACGUUGCAGUGCGCAUGGUUUCGACUGAUGUGAUUACUGCUGUGGAAAAAUAUGGAACCGACAUGGUGAACUCAGUGAUGCAACGAGCAGAAGCCAUCUACGGGAACGUCAACACAGAAAUAUGCUUAACGAAGGAAGCUCUGAAGCAGGUAAACGUGGAGAGAGUAAUUGGGAGUGGAGAGGCGAAGGAUGUUAUUUGUACUACAGUAGAGAAAAUUAGACCUGACACUCUGGUAAUGGGAAGCCACGGCUAUGGUUUCUUGAAGAGGGCUUUCCUAGGAAGUGUGAGUGAAUAUUGUGCCAAGCGGGUCAAGUGUCCAGUUGUGAUCGUGAAGCACCCUCAAGACAAAUGA